UCACCUUCUGUCAUUAUGCCUGCUCAUGGUGGCAAACGAGACAAGGAAGUUUGAGGAUUGUGAAUUGUUUUACAAGCUGAGAGAUCUUGGGCUGGAUGGCUUUCGCGGUAUUGACGUAAAACAAUAUGUCUGUAUGGCUGGAUUCCCAGCUAAUUACAACACUGAAUACUACGAGACAGAAGAGGGUGUCCCACACUACGGGCUAUUCCAUCUGAGCGGCCAGGAAUGGUGCUUUAAUGAGAGGCGGCCCUCACAGAACAAAUGCAACAUUUCCUGUGAUUAUCUCCUCGAUGAUGAUAUUGCAGAUGAUGUAAGGUGCCUUAAGAAGGUUAUCACCGAGAAAGGGCUGAUUGUAUGCCGCCCCCUCCCCCCCAUGUCAUCUAUGAUACUCAGGACUUACCUUGUCGAGUCUAGGCUUGGAUGUCUUCUGCUGGGCAGGGACAGCUGCUCUUAGGCUGAAUCCUGGGACAAGGCAGCCGAUUUUGUCUGCCUUUAAAGUCGGAAAGAAAAGGGAAGAAAAUGAAGAAAAGUGUCAUGUUUUUUGCCUAGAGAACAGUUGCCAUUUAUUUGCCACUCUAAAAAAAAACCUGCAUGCCUAGAAAUAGACUUCAUGCAAAAAUCAUUUGGAGUAAAAUCUAUUGCGGUCAAUUUUUUUUUUUUAAAGUAACACUCCAAACAAGAUCUUUAAUACAUUUUAAAUUGUAUUUUAACCCUUAUUUUAAUUAACUGCCCCCCCCAUUAUGUUUUCUUGUAAUUUUAUUGGUGGUAGCCACCCUGAGCCCAGUUCUGGGCAGGGAGGGCGGGGUAUAAAUAAAAAUGUAUUAUUAUGA